AUGGCUACUAUUUGGCGUCCCUAUGAUUCCAUGUACAAAAUGCCAACACGUUACAAUAAUGGUUAUUAUUCGCGGCAACAUUACCUAUAUGAUCCAAAAUAUACAUUUUUGGCAUCAAAACCGUCUAUCUACAGUAGUGCUGGUAUAAAUACAGCUGUUAAUCGUAAUCGAGCAUCAUCAACAACCCGAACCUCAGCUCCUCGGCCACAUUCGUCUUAUUCUUCAUCGAAACAGCCGUUAAACAGUACUCGUUCAUCAUUAGACAUUAUGAGUGCUCCACCAACAUCAUCCCCACCCAAUCGUUGCGAUGACUGUUCGGCAAAUGACGGCCUAUUUCAAUGUUGUCAUUGUAAUCAACGGCUAUGUAUUCGAUGUUGUAAUAAACAUUAUAAAUCGAUGACAGUUGAAUUAGAACGUUUACAUGAUAUGUCAGAACGUUUAAUACAAAAAAUAUAUCAGACAAAAAACGAUUUAGAACGACAAAAAAAUGAAACAAUUGAACAGUGCCAUAAAUGGAAAUGUGAUACUAUCAAUACGGUGAAUAAAGCACAUGCACUAAUCAUCCAAACAAUUUAUGAUGAAUAUGAACAAUUGGGAAAAGAAUACGAGACAUACGCUCAAAAUGAAAUGAAAUUAAUAAAAGUAAAUAAAUAUGAAUUGAAUAGAAUGAGAAAAGGUGAUUUAGGUUUGAUAUCGAAUGACAAUGAUAGUAGUGGUGAUGGUGACGAAACAAAUAUAAAUCCAAUUGAAAUAAUUCGAAAUCGAAUUGAAACAUUAGCAAAGCAUAUUGAUGAAACCGGAACACUUCAUUUUGAGGUCAAACUACCAAAAUUUGAUAUUGAUGAUACACUAAGAGUUGAAUCAUCUUUUGGUGAUAGUACACGAACAACAAGUGCAACAUGGAAUAAUUGUGGCAAUGAAGAUACAACAAAUCAACAAAUAACACUAUUUCCUGAGCAAACUAAAGUUGAUGUAACUAACGAGGAAGCUGAUAUUAUAUCACACGUUCCAUCAUCAAGAUACGCUUUAUCGGUUGAGAACGAUAUCGAACUUCAACAACAGCAAUACUACAAACCAACAUCACAAUUGUCUUCUCGUAAUGAACGUUUUGAUUCUGCUUAUGGCACCGCACCACCGUCGCCUACGUCAUCUACAAACGAUAAACCAUCGUGCUCUUCAUUAUCACUACAUGAUACGAACAAUAAUCUAGAAGAAACGCUUGACUUUGGUUUAAUAAACAAAUUUUCUGAUCCUCUAAAAAGAUUGAGUACAACAAACGAUACUUUUUUCAAUAAUCGUCGGCAUACACAUACGUACGAUAGUACAUCGACUGAUGAUCAGCAAGAACAGCAACAAUCAAACAAUAGUGAUAAUGAUGAUACUUACCAUUGUAUUCAACAUGUUCAACUGAAACAUGAUGAUUGGGGCGGCGUUGAAGGUGUAGCCGUACAGGCUGAACGAAGUACAUCAACAACAAACGACGGAAAUAUUGAACGAAAACGAACCACGUUUGAAGCAUGUGGCGUUCGAAGACGAACAACCAUGUUUCCAUCAGCAUCAUCGAACUCAACAACACACGAAUCAUCAACGUUACAGCAACCAUCUUGGUUGCAUUAUCGUACGACGUCUACACCAUCAUUUAUUCAUUAA